GUUCAAAUCAAAUGACAAGACUUUUAGUUCAUUUCUCCCCAUAUCCAUUUUUGAAAUGAUUCAUUCUUCUCUCACAAAAUUUUUGUCAACAGUAAUCAGCAUCAGGGAAUAAGAUGCAAUGGGAUUCCUUUCCUCCCCUUAUAUAAAGGAAGGUCGCCAAACCAUACUAAUACCAAACACACAACCAACAAUCAAACUCUUCUGAAAAAAGUAGUACCUCAAAGCUUCAACUCCCUUUUUGUCCCCCUCUCUUUUGUUGUUACAAUAUGGAGGACAAAAAAGCGAUGAAGAUGGAUGCCAUGAAGAGAGGAGAAACAGGUGAAAUGGAUGAGGAAAAAUGGGUUUAUGAUUCUUCAAUGGAUCAUAAAGGCAGAGUUCCUUCAAGAGCUUCAACUGGCGUCUGGAAGGCUUCUCUUUUCAUCAUUGCAAUUGAAUUCAGCGAGAGGUUGAGCUAUUUUGGAAUAGCAACAAGCUUAAUCAUAUACUUGACCAAGGUCCUUCAUCAAGACCUCAAAACAGCCGCCAAGAACGUCAAUUGCUGGGCUGGAGUUACAACUUUAAUGCCACUUCUUGGUGGAUUUGUAGCUGAUUCAUACCUGGGCCGUUUCUCCACUGUUCUAGUCUCCUCCAUCGUCUACAUUUUGGUACUUUCUCCCUUCCAAGUGUUUUUUUUUUUUUUUUUUUAAAUACUAAUAUGGAUUCACGUCAAUGAUCACUAUACAAAAAAUCAUUAUUUGUACUCUCUCUGACUCGAAAUUAUUGUACACUUUAGAUUUUUACUUUUAGUUCAAAUUGCACCAAAAGUAAAAUAUCAAACUAGAUGGGAUUGAGGGAGUUAAACAUUUAGAAAUGUAAUAGAGAACUAUCUCAGCCAGAAUUUUGAUGUUUACUUCACAUUUUUUUUUUUGGUUGAUGAAUAGGGUCUGCUUCUGUUAACCAUGUCAAGCACAAUCCCUGCUCUGAAACCAUGUGACAACACCAUUUGCCUGGAGCCCAGAAAGGUGCAUGAAGUCAUAUUCUUCCUAGGCAUCUAUUUGAUCUCCAUGGGAACAGGAGGACACAAGCCUUCACUAGAGAGUUUUGGGGCUGACCAGUUUGAUGAUAAUGAUGCAGCAGAAAGAAGGAAAAAGAUGUCCUUUUUCAAUUGGUGGAACUCUGGGCUCUGCUGUGGACUUUUACUUGCAGUUACUGUGAUUGUGUAUGUGCAAGAUCAGGUCAGUUGGGCUGUUGCUGAUAUCACACUUACAAUGGUAAUGGCCACUACCAUUGUGAUCUUCUGUGCCGGGAGGCCAUUUUACCGCUACCGGAAGGCUUCUGGAAGUCCGUUUACUCCAAUGCUGCAAGUGAUUGUGGCAGCAAUCACAAAGAGAAAGUUACCAUACCCUUCAAGCCCUGCUGAAUUAUACGAAGUCCCCAAGUCGGCCGAGACAAGGGGAAGACACUUGUGUCAUACUGAGAGACUCAAGUUUCUUGACAAAGCCGCGAUUGUGGAUGAAAAGUACAUUUCUGCAGACAGAAAACCAUCUCCAUGGAAGCUUGCGACUGUAACUGAAGUGGAGGAACUUAAACUGAUAAUCAACAUCUUUCCCAUUUGGUUGACAACAUUGCAGUUUGGCAUUACAGUAGCACAAGCCUCAACAUUCUUCAUCAAACAAGGAGUGACAUUGGACCGAAAGAUCUUCAAUGGCUUUCUGAUUCCACCAGCCUCAAUUUUUGGCAUUACGGCCAUUGGCAUGAUAGCAGCUGUCACUGUUUACGACAAGAUACUUGUGCCUUUCCUUAGAAAGAUCACAGGAAACGAAAGGGGCAUCAACAUUCUUCAAAGGAUUGGCAUCGGUAUGAUUUUCUCAAUCAUAACGAUGGUGGUUGCAGCUUUGGUUGAGAGGAAGAGAUUGAGGAUUGUGGAAGAGAACCCAUUAAAGGGUUCAACUUCAAUGAGUGUCUUUUGGCUGGUUCCACAAUUCCUAAUCAUUGGCAUUGGAGAUGGAUUUACUCUAGUAGGGUUGCAGGAAUAUUUCUAUGACCAAGUUCCAGAUACCAUGCGAAGCUUAGGAAUUGCAUUAUACCUAAGUGUACUUGGAGCAGGAAGCUUCCUGAGUAGCCUGUUGAUCACCAUAGUCGAUCACAUCACCGAGAAGACCGGUAAGAGUUGGUUUGGCAAAGACAUGAACAGCAGCCGAUUGGAUUACUUUUACGGCAUGCUGGCAGUCAUGACUGUUGCAAACUUGGCCAUCUAUGUGCUCGUUGCCAGGCGAUAUUCAUACAAGAACGUGCAGAGAACAACUGUGGCAGUGGCCGACUGCUUUCCAGAUGAUGGUGUUGAAGCAAUGGCAUAA